CGAGCAGAACUACGGAAAAGUUUGGAUCGUGCGAGAUACGGGAAACGGCUGUGGCAACAGAACCGAAAUCUUUGGGCAAAUAUUUGCCAAUUAAGAGACAUCGCGCGCGUGUGUCUGUGAAGUGGAGUGAAGUGAAAUUGGCCAAACCGAAAAAAAACCAGCCAUGUCCGAGUUUGUGCGGCAACAUGGCGAAUAUGUGUGGGUGAAGCCGCAAAAUACCGCCAGUGAGUUUGCGGUGCCUUUCGGGGCACGAAUCGUGAGGACGGAAAAGACCCAGACCCUGGUGUGCGAUGAUCGGAACAAGCAGUUUUGGGUGCCGGCUGGGGAUGUCCUAAAGGCCAUGCACAUUACCUCGCAGGAGGAUGUGGAGGACAUGAUCACGCUGGGAGACUUACAGGAGUACACUAUACUAAGGAACCUACAGAAUCGCUAUGCCAAGCAAUUAAUUUAUACCUACACAGGCUCCAUGCUGGUGGCCAUCAAUCCCUACCAGAUCCUGCCCAUCUACACAAACCGCGAGAUUCAGCUGUACAGAAACAAGGCGCUAUCCGAGCUGCCACCCCACAUAUUCGCCAUUAGCGACAAUGCCUUCCAGAGACUACAGCGGCUCAAGGAGAACCAGUGCGUGGUGAUCAGCGGAGAGUCGGGGGCCGGGAAGACGGAGAGCACCAAACUGAUACUGCAGUACCUGGCCGCGAUCAGCGGCAAGCAUUCGUGGAUCGAGCAGCAGAUAAUCGAGGCCAAUCCCAUCAUGGAGGCCUUCGGCAAUGCCAAGACCGUGCGCAACGACAACUCCUCGCGGUUCGGGAAGUACAUCGAGAUCAGAUUUACGCCCGCGGGCGCCAUCCAGGGAGCUAGGAUCCAGCAGUACCUGCUGGAGAAGUCCCGCAUCGUCUUCCAGAGCCGCGAUGAACGCAACUAUCACAUCUUCUACUGCAUGCUGGCGGGGCUUUCGGCUCCAGAACGGGAGCGCCUUAAACUACAAGAGCAGUCGCCUAGUCAGUAUCAUUAUCUGGCCCAAGGAGGAUGCUUCACCUUGCCGGGUAGGGGUGAUGCCAAGGACUUUGCCGAUAUCCGGGCGGCCAUGAAGGUGCUGUCCUUUAAGCCGGAAGAAGUGUGGAGUAUUCUCAGUCUUUUGGCAGCCAUUUUGCACCUGGGCAACCUGAGAUUCACGGCCACUGAGGUGGCCAACCUGGAGGCCGCCGAGAUCGAUGACGCGCCAAAUCUGCAGAAAGUGGCCCAAUUGCUGGGCGUGCCCAUUGCUCCUCUCAAUGCCGCCCUCACCCAGAGAACCAUUUUUGUGCACGGUGAGCAUGUUACCACCAGCCUCUCCAAGGAGGCAGCCCUGGAGGGACGAGAUGCCUUCGUCAAGUCCCUGUACGAUGGCAUUUUUGUGCGCAUCGUUCGCAGGAUCAACGAGACUAUAAACAAGCAGGUCGAUCAGCCCAUGAACAGCAUUGGCGUCCUGGACAUCUUUGGCUUCGAGAACUUUGACAACAACAGCUUUGAGCAGCUGUGCAUCAACUAUGCGAAUGAGAAUCUGCAGCAAUUCUUCGUGGGACACAUCUUCAAGAUGGAGCAGGACGAGUACCAGAACGAACACAUCAACUGGCAGCACAUCGAAUUCCAGGACAAUCAGCAAAUCCUUGACCUCAUUGGCCUAAAGCCAAUGAACCUAAUGUCCCUGAUCGAUGAGGAGUCCAAGUUUCCCAAGGGCACGGACCAGACGCUGCUCGAGAAGCUGCAUGUCCAGCAUGGCAAUCGAUCCAUCUACGUCAAGGGAAAAACCACUCAGACCUCGCUCUUUGGCAUCCGUCAUUAUGCCGGCGUUGUGAUGUACAAUCCAUUGGGUUUCCUUGAAAAGAAUCGGGACUCGUUCAGCGGUGAUCUGAGGGCUCUGGUGCAGCGCUCUGCGAACAAGUAUCUGGUGGAUAUCUUUCCGCAAGAAAUGGCAAUGGAUACGGCCAAGAAGCAGCCGACGUUGUGCGUCAAGUUCAGGAACUCCCUGGACAUGCUGAUGCGGACCCUGUCGCAGGCUCAUCCCUACUUCAUUCGUUGCAUCAAGCCGAAUGAGUACAAGGAACCAAAGAACUUCGACAAGGAGCUGUGCGUAAGGCAAUUGCGCUACUCAGGAAUGAUGGAGACCGCCCGCAUCCGGAGGGCUGGCUAUCCCAUUCGCCACGCCUACCGUGCCUUUGUGGAGAGAUACAGGCUGCUGGUUCCACCAGUGGGUCCUCUGGAAAAAUGCGACUGCCGCAAGGUGGCUCGUCAGAUCUGCGAAGUUGCUUUGCCCACCGACUCUGAUCGACAGUUUGGCAAGACCAAGCUGUUCCUACGCGACGAGGACGACGCCAGUCUGGAGCUGCAGCGCUCCCAGCUGAUGCUCAAGUCCAUUGUGACCAUACAGCGGGGCAUUCGGAGAGUCCUCUUCAGGCGAUACCUGAAGAGAUAUCGCGAGGCCAUCAUCACGGUCCAGAGAUAUUGGCGGGGUCGCCUGCAGCGUCGUAAGUACCAGAUAAUGCGACAGGGCUUCCACCGCCUGGGAGCCUGCAUAGCGGCCCAGCAGCUGACCACCAAGUUCACCAUGGUCCGGUGCAGGACCAUCAAACUGCAGGCUCUGAGUCGUGGCUACUUGGUUCGCCGUGACUUCCAGGAAAAGUUACUGGAGCGACGAAAGCAGCAGCAGCUGAAGAAGGAUGAGCUGCAAAAGCUGGCCAAGCAACGCGAAGCCGAGGAGCUGCUGCGCCUUAAGCAGCUCAAGGAUCAAAAGGAGCAGAAGGAGCGCGAGCAGCGGGAACUGGCGGAGAAGCGACUUAAGGAGGAGCAGCGGCUCAAGGCUGAGGCCGCCACCCGCAAUGCCCUGGCCAUGGCUGCAGUACAGCAGCCAAAGAGAGCGAGAUCCCUGAAGCAGGAGGCCCCAAAAGCGCCCACACUUCAAGCACGCAUGUCCCUGCCGCCACCGCCCACCAACCUAAUAGCCGCUGCCCCAUUGGCCACCAGACCGGCCAGUGCCGCCAAUGGCACCCCGCGGGUCAACACCAUUCCCGAGAGCCCCGGCACCAUCGAUGUGGAGUCCUCCAAGCAGAUGGUCGACGAGAUGUUCCGCUUCCUCAACGACGAGCCCGACACUGCUUUGAGGAAACUCAAUAACAUUUCCUCCGGCGACACCAUCCGGCUGCCCAAGCAGAUUCCCAAUAAUAUUGAUACCUCCGACUUUAGUUAUCUGAAAUAUGCUGCGACGUACUUUUGCGGUGGCGUCACAGCUCAGCACGAGAGGAAGCCCCUGAAGCAGUCCCUGUUGAAGCAUGAGCUUCCUGUGGAUGAAAUGGCGUCAAAGGCCAUUUGGUUGACUAUCCUCCGCUUCAUGGGAGACCUGCCAGAGGUGCCCUCAUCUCCUUCCUUCCAUUCCCUUGAUAACGAGAGCCUCAUGAUUGAUUUGUCACGCUUCCUGAAUACCUCCGGUUCCGCCAAGCCGCGUUUAUUUGUACGUCAAACCCUUAAACGCCCCACCAAACUGGUGGGAAGUGCUGAAAGGGAGGCCGAGGAGUUCUACCAGCAAUGGCUCAACAUUUCCAGCAGUCACCUGGACAAGCUGCACUUCAUCAUAGGUCAUGGCAUACUCAAAGAGAGCUUGAGAGAUGAAAUCCUGGCCCAGAUAUGCAAGCAAUUGUACUUGAAUCCAAGCCGGACCUCCUAUUCCCGCGGCUGGUUGCUCCUCUCCCUCUGCCUGAGCUGCUUUCCGCCCAGCUCUGAUUUCGAGCCGCAUUUACGCAGUUUUAUGAAACAGGGAACCGCCCAGUUGCAGGCUGCUCCCUCACUUCAGCGCUUGGAGCGAACCCUGGCGAAUGGACCGCGCUGCCAACCACCGUCCAUGUUCGAACUCCAAGCUAUCCGGGGUCGCCAGCCCCUUAAGCUGGACAUUCACCUGAUGGACGGGCAGCAGAGGAGACUGCAGGUGGAUGCGGCCAGCACGGCUCGGGAGGCAGUGGAGCAGCUCUGCCAGGGAUUGGGUCUGAGCGACAUAUUUGGCUUUGGAUUGGUGAUGUCGCUGCAUGGGAAACUUAUUCCUCUGGGAGCUGGAAAGGAGCAUAUUCUAGACGCCAUUUCGGAGCGCGAACGCCGGCAGCUGGAUGCGCCUUGGAAGCUCUACUUGCGGAAGGAAAUGUUUGCCACCUGGUAUGACCCAUCGCUGGACCCAAAGGCCACGCAGCUGAUCUACAAGCAGAUCCUCAAUGGGCUGAGGUGUGGGGAGUACCGAUGUCGCUCAGAGAAGGAUAUAGCCAUGGUCUGUGCCCUGGCCAUCUUUAUAGAGCAUGGCCCGGGCGACAUCACUCGGUUGAAACCCUCUGAAAUCACGGCCUUCGUGCCCAGCGAUCUCCUGGCGCCAGGGGAACGGGCCAUCGAGAACUGGAGUCGCCUGAUAGCAGCCACCUACGAGAAGAGCUCGUAUGUGAGGCAGGAGAAGCAGGAGAAGCAGCUGGAAUCCCAGAGGAGAGCCAAGGAAGAUAUCUGCCUGUUUGCCCAUAUUUCUUGGCCGAUGCGGCACUCUCGGCUCUUCGAGGUGAGCCGAAAAGCGGGACCCAAACUUCCGAGCGAUGAACUGAUGCUGGGCAUCAAUUCAACCGGACUCUUCCUCAUCGACGAAACCGAACAGGUGCUGGCCUCCUGCAGUUUCGCCGAGCUACUCAAGGUUCACUUGGAGGCCAACGAUGAGCUGCACGUACUCACCUUUCAGCAAGUCAACUUUGUGCUCCAGUGCAGCAUGGCCCAGGAUGCCAACGAGGUGAUAAACUAUAUGCUGGACAAUCUCCGCCAGCGUUCUAGCUACGGAAUAGCCCUUGAUAAUGUUUCCAAGGAGAACAAUCAAGAGGACUGCCUCGUACUCUCACCCGGAGACCUCGUCGAGUUUGAAGCCGGGGUUACGGGUGCCCAACUAAUGGCUGGCAAUGCCCAAGAUUUGUACAAAGGCUGUGCCAACGGUCAGUGGGGUCAGUUUGCAGCUGGAAACAUUAAAAUUUUGGCCACGCUCACAAAGCCAAGCGAGAAGUUGCAGGACAUCUUCAAGGAAGGCAGAUUCGAUGAGCCGCCGAAACCGAUGCCAAGAGCGAAUAACUCGCGACGCCGGCAGCACAAUAUUUCUCAGCUGGCUGAGACUCACUUUAGGGAGCCAUUAGAAUCCGAUAAGGCACCGCUCUCGAAGUACUCCCCGGAACCACUGAAGGCUCCUCUGCUCAAAGCCGUGGUCAAGGUGCCACCACUCUUUCAGCAGGCCCUGGUGAUUCACCAUCACAUUCUCAAGUACAUGGGCGACAUUGCCAGGAGCAAUCUGCCGGUGAACACCGACCUUAUCUUCCAACCGGCCCUGCAGCAUCCCCUACUCUGCGACGAGCUCUACUGCCAGCUGAUGAAGCAGCUCAGUGACAAUCCAUGCGUAGAGAGCGAGAAGCGGGGCUGGGACCUGCUCUACUUGGCCACUGGUUUGGUGGCUCCCAGUGUCCUGGUCAUGCGGGAGCUGAUCAUCCUGCUGCGCAUGCGUGCCGACGCUUUGGCCGAUGCCUGCCUUAAGCGACUGAAGCGCUCCCUGGCCCAGGGUCAGAGGAAACAAGCCCCACAUCUCAUCGAGGUCGAGGGCAUUCAGCAGCGUUGCUUGCACAUCUACCACAAAGUAUACUUUCCCGACGAUACCGUCGAGGCCUUCGAGAUCGAGUCCCAUACCCGGGGAGCCGAGCUCAUUGCAGAUAUUGCCCAGCGAUUGGAGCUCAAGUCGCCCUUGGGCUAUAGUAUAUUUUUGAAGACCGGCGAUAAGGUGUACGCCAUGCCGGAGGAGGACUUUGUGUUCGACUUCAUCACCCAACUGCUCUUCUGGCUGAGACAACAAAAAACUCUUCGUUCUAUUUCCGAUGGCCACUACCAGCUGCACUUCAUGCGCAAGCUGUGGCUCAAUAAUCUUCCAGGCGAGGAUCCGAACGGCGAUGUGAUCUUUAGCUAUCCGCAGGAGCUGCACAAGUACUUGAAGGGCUACUAUCCCAUUGGCUGCGAGCAGGCCUCGCUCUUGGCAGGACUCUUGUACAGUGCGGAUCAUGAGGUCAGCCUGCAGAGACUGCCGGAAGUGCUGCCUCGCUUGGUGCCGGAAGAUUUGAUUCCCCUGCAAACGGUGGCGGAGUGGAGACAACGGAUCCUGCCCAGACUUAACCGUGACCAUUUGACGGAGGACCAAGCCAAGCUUAUAUUCCUCCAAGAACUCUCCCACUUCAGCUGCUUUGGCUCCACAUUCUUCGUGGUGAAACAACAAAACGAGGACACCCUUCCCGAAACUCUUUUGAUUGCCAUCAACAGCUCCGGCUUCCAUCUGUUGGACCCUCAAACCAAGGAGAUCCUUCGCAGCUAUGAGUACUCCCAGCUGGGAAUUUGGAGCUCGGGCAAAAACCACUUCCACAUCAGGUUCGGCAACAUGAUCGGGGCCUCCAAGCUGCUGUGCAGCACCACCCAAGGCUACAAAAUGGACGACUUGCUGGCCUCCUAUGUGAGGUACUUUAAUGAGGAGGAGUAA